AUGCAUCGGGUGUUUGGGAAGGGCUCGAAUUCUGCCAAGGCACCGCCUCCCAAUCUUACAGAUGCUGCAGCCAAUAUUGAUUCUAGAAUAGAGACUCUUGAUAAAUCCAUUGCUUUGAAGAGGGGUGAGGUAACCAAAUUACAACAACAGAUGAAGGCGAUGCGUGAAGGACCUGCGAAGAAUUCACUUAAAAGACAAGCUCUGAAUAAACUAAAACAGAUGAAGGUGUUGGAAAAUCAACGAGAUAUGCUGUCCUCACAAAGCUUCAAUAUGAGUCAAGCUAAUUUCGCUCUUCAGACGGUGAAGGACACACAAACGACAGUCAAAGCAAUGAAAACCGGUGUUAAAGAAUUCAAGAAGGAAACUAAGAACUUGAAAAUUGACGAUGUUGAGGAUCUUCAAGAUGAUCUGCUCGAUAUGCUAGAACUCAAUAAUGAGUUUGGAGAAACUCUUGGUCGUUCAAUAAUACCAAAUGAUAUUGAUGAGGCAGAUUUGGAAGCUGAACUUGAUGCUCUUGGUACUGAUGAUCUUGGAAGCUAUCUUGAUGCUGAUACUGCGCCUUCCGUUCCCAGUGCUGAUGUUGGCGGUGCGAGUACCGUUCCCUCCGCCCCAAGUGCUGCAAAUUCUGUAAGUCCAUGCUACCUUUGUGCUGUUCCUCAACUGAUUCUCUCCUAG